AUGUCUCGUCAGUCAAGUGUGUCCUUCCGUAGCGGGGGAGGCCGGAGCUUCAGCGCUGCCUCGGCCGUCACUCCGUCUGUCUCACGCACCAGUUUCACCUCCGUGUCCCGUUCUGGGGGUGGUGGCGGCGGCUUUGGCAGGAUCAGCCUUGGUGGGGGGGCCUGUGGAGCAGGUGGCUUUGGCAGCCGGAGCCUCUACAACGUGGGGAGCGGCAAGAGGCUCUCUACCACCAGCAUCAGCAGCUUCAGGAACCGAUAUGUGCCCGGUGCUGGAGGCAGCUUUGGCUUCGGAGGAGCCUCCGGGAGUGGAUUUGGUUUUGGCGGUGGAGCUGGUGGUGGCUUGGGGCUCGGUGGUGGAGCUGGCUUUGGAGGGGGCUUUGGUGGUGCUGGCUUCCCUGUCUGCCCUCCGGGAGGCAUCCAAGAGGUCACCAUCAACCAGAGCCUCCUGACUCCCCUCAACCUGCAAAUCGACCCCACCAUCCAGCGGGUGAAGACCGAGGAGCGGGAGCAGAUCAAGACCCUCAACAACAAGUUCGCCUCCUUCAUCGACAAGGUGCGGUUCCUGGAACAGCAGAACAAGGUCCUGGACACCAAGUGGACCCUGCUCCAGGAGCAGGGCACCAAGACCGUGAAGCAGAACCUGGAGCCCUUGUUUGAGCAGUACAUCAACAACCUGAGGAGGCAGCUGGACAGUAUCCUGGGGGAGAGAGGCCGCCUGGACUCCGAGCUGAGGAACAUGCAGGACCUGGUGGAGGACUUCAAGAACAAGUAUGAAGAUGAAAUCAACAAGCGAACCACUGCUGAGAACGAGUUUGUGAUGCUGAAGAAGGACGUGGAUGCUGCCUACAUGAACAAGGUGGAACUAGAGGCCAAGGUCGAUGCCUUGAUGGAUGAGAUCAACUUCCUGAAGCUCUUCUUUGAAGCGGAGCUGGCCCAGAUGCACACGCACAUCUCAGACACGUCGGUGGUCCUGUCCAUGGACAACAACCGCAGCCUGGACCUGGACAGCAUCAUCGCUGAGGUCAAGGCCCAGUACGAGGACAUUGCCAACCGCAGCCGGACGGAGGCCGAGUCCUGGUACCAGACCAAGUACGAGGAGUUGCAGCAGACAGCCGGGCGGCAUGGCGACGACCUGCGUAACACCAAGCACGAGAUCUCCGAGAUGAACCGGAUGAUCCAGCGGCUCAGGGCGGAGAUCGACAAUGUCAAGAAGCAGUGCGCCAACCUGCAGGCCGCCAUCGCUGACGCUGAGCAGCGUGGGGAGCUGGCCCUCAAGGACGCCAGGAACAAGCUCUCAGAGCUGGAGGACGCCCUGCAGAAGGCCAAGCAGGACAUGGCCCGGCUGCUGCACGACUACCAGGAGCUGAUGAACGUCAAGCUGUCCCUGGACGUGGAGAUCGCCACCUACAGGAAGCUGCUGGAGGGCGAGGAGUGCAGGCUGAGUGGAGAAGGCGUCGGACCUGUCAAUAUCUCCGUCGUCACCAACAGCGUCUCCUCCUCCUAUGGUGGUGGCAGUGGCUUUGGAGGUGGCCUUGGGGGAGGCCUUGGCGGUGGUCUCGGCGGAGGUGGCAGCGGGAUCUACUACUCCAGCAGCAGUGGAGGCCUCGGCAUGGGCAGUGGGCUCAGUGUGGGGGGCUCUGGCUUCAGUGGAAACAGUGGCUUGGGGCUUGGCUUUGGCAGCAGCGGUGGCGGGGGCAGCAGCUCCAGCGUCAAAUUCGUCUCCACCACCUCUUCCUCCCGGAAGAGCUUCAAGAGUUAA